AUGGUGGUCACCGCUGAGAAGCGUGAGUCUACUGUUUCAGACACGUCAAUCUCGAUCACCGCCUUUGGCGAAGAUAUGAUCUCAGACUUCGGCAUUCAGGGCGCCGACGAACUUGUCAAUUUCAUUCCAGCGACCACGCGCGAUGCCUACGAUAUUCGUAUUCGUGGUGUGGGACGCAACUUCCGUGCAGUCGGCGGUGACCCGGGGGUUGCUACUUACUACAACGGCGUUUAUUCCGAAGAUUUCGGCAUUGCCGCGUCGGAGAACGGUCUUUACGACAUCGCUCGGAUCGAAGCACUACGCGGCCCCCAGGGCACACUGUAUGGACGCAACUCGAUUGGCGGCGCGUUGAACUACAUCACCAACAAACCCACCUACGAGUUUGAAGGUGAGUUGAAGGUACUCGGCGGCAGUCUUGGCGCGCAGGAAUACUACGGCGUUCUGUCAGGUCCCAUCAUCGAUGACAAACUGGCUUACCGAAUUGUCGGCGUGAAUCGCGACCGCGAUGGUUCCCAAGGCGGCUUGGCCGGCAGUGAAGACAUCAACAGCAUUCACGACUCUAACUAUUCAAUUGCGUUGCAAUGGAAUAUCGCAGAUAACUGGGAAGCCAAUGUGCGCUGGAAUGAUCGAUCUUCAGAUCGCAUUAUUGGCAUGUCUUCGGUCGUGGCAGAAGGCGUCGCUGGCGAUCGCUCCGCACGCAACACAGAAAACUACGCUCGUGGCAUCCGCCCGGUUGACGCAACAACCCCUGGCGCAAUCCCAUUCACACACCCUGUUACCGGCGAAACCCUUUAUGGGGGCUAUCAUCGCCCUGGCGUAGAUAUUGCUGACUCGUUUGUGCCUAACCCUGGAUUCGGACGCGGUGGUCUCGGCCUAGCGUUAGAUCCGGAUAUUGAAGAUCUCAAUGCAAAGGUUGCCAACAAUGGCGACAACUUCGAAACCUUCGAUCAGAACGGCAUCCAGUUUGAUCUCACCUGGGAUCUGAGCGAAACCACAGCCCUCAAGUACCUCGGUGGCUGGUCUGAUUUCGACUAUUUGUUUGAUAUCGACCUGGACUACACCAACGGCACUUUUGCGCAACCGCGACAAACCGUUACAGAAUCCGUAGAAACCUACUCUCACGAGUUACAGUUACUCUGGCAGAUCGGUGAAAACCUUCAGUUAACGAGCGGCCUGUACUACUUCCACGCCAAUCGCGUGCAAAACUAUGCGUUCCGCGAUGUGGAAAGCCAGGGCCGUUUCCUGAACCCUGCCAACUAUGGCGCUUUUGAUCCCUUCCUGCCGGCCACACAUACGCGACGCGGCGCUGCAGCUGUCGGCACCCAGGUUAUUGGUCGCUGGGAAGGUGAUCCUACCGGCGCCUGGUACGAAUACUGGAACGAAAUCGACACGGAUGCUUACGCGGUUUACACCCAGGGCACAUACACUUUUAACGAAGAAUUUGCCCUGACCGUGGGUGUUCGUUGGGCAUUAGACGAAAAAGCAGCGUUCGAAGAUCGAACCGGCUACUUUGAAUUAAACCCAGCCGCAUUCGGGACCACUCUCACGGGCGCCAACAUUGCAAUGGGUAACGGCACCUUCUCAGGCGAUCUGGCCAAUCCACUCACACCUGUGUGUGAUCUGACAGACACAACCUGUACUACACCUGUGCGACUGCAGGGUAUUCCAUACUCAUUUGCCGAUGCUGCAAAAGGUGAUGACGACUGGGGUGAUGUCUCUUUCCGUGUGAACCUUGAUUGGACGCCAAAUGAAAACACACUGGUUUACGUCUCGGCGACCACCGGUUACCGGGCAGGUGGAUACUCUUUGGGCAUAGGUGACUCGCGUGCGCCUUCCGCAUCAGGUUUCGGCGGCAUUGUGCCCUCGACUUAUGACCAGGAAGAAGUGUUUGCAACAGAAAUAGGCUACAAGGCCACAUUGCUCGAAGGCCAGUUGCAGAUCAAUUCAUCUGUCUACAUGUACCAAUAUGAUGACUACCAGGAUCGCAUCGAGAUUUUCAAUGCGUCAUCCGGCUUGGCUCAAGACCAGGUGCUGAACAGCGAUGACGUUGAGAACAUGGGUGUAGAGGUAGAAUUCACCUGGUUGCCAACAGAUGCGCUGACCCUGGGUGGCAACGUGAGUUACACCAAGACCGAAUACAAGUCUGACCUGUUCGUUCUGGAAGACGACAAUCCAGCUUUCCCUGUGCAGAUCUUCAAUGACACAGCAGCGGGGGGACGUGAUGAGUUCCUGGCGCAGAAUCUGAAAGGCAAUGACCUGAAGCGCAUUCCAGAAUGGAAGUACACUUUGUGGGCAUCUUAUCAAUGGCUGUUCGAAGCGGGCUCUCUGACAGCAGGCGCCACGUACUCUUACACAGGCGAGUACGCCUCUGAGGGUAUCAUCCGCGACAUUGAUGAGAACCCAGCCAGGGACCGCCUCGACGUCUCUGUCACCUGGCGUGACAAUAGAGACCAAUGGGUAGUGCGCGGUUUCGUAGACAACGUGAUGGACAAGGUCUACUCACGCGGAAUUACGACACAAACGGCAAGCAACGACUACCGUCAGCUGGCUCAGCCUCUGUAUCCACAGUUCUACGGUCUGGAAGUCACCUACCGAUUUGGUAGUGAUUUUUAG